AUGGAUGCGAAUAAAGAAGAAUAUACUAGGGGGUCCCCCGGAAGCGACAAGCAAGUAGAAUUAAAAACAGACAAUAAACCGACAACCCAAUGUAAAAUAAGAUUGGCUACAUGGAAUCUAGGUUCCCUUACUGGAAGAUGUCAAGAACUGGCUAAGGUUUUGCAAAGAAGAGAUAUAAAUGCAUGCUGUAUACAAGAGACGAAAUGGAAAGGCUCCAAGUCCAGAGAUAUUGGGUUAGGUUACCAACUGAUUUAUCAUGGCAUUAAGAACUCCCAGAAUGGUGUGGGUAUAGUCCUAGACUGCAAUCUAAAGCAACGAAUAAUAAAAGUGGAUAGAAAAAGCGACCGUCUAAUUGCUGUAAAACUCGCCAUGGACAAUCAAACACCUCUAAAUAUAAUUUCUGCAUAUGCACCCCAAUCCGGAUGUACAGAAUUAGAAAAAUCUCUCUUCUGGGAAGAUUUCGAUGAUCUCAUGAGCUUAAUACCAGAUCAUGAAUCAAAGUACAUAGGCGGAGAUCUAAAUGGGCACAUUGGUGAAAAGGCCGUAGAUUAUCGAGAUGUUCAUGGUGGCUAUGGUUAUGGCUCUGUAAACAGAGAAGGAACAUCUAUUCUGGAUUUCUGCUCUAGGCAUGGUUUAGCUAUUGUUAACACUUGGUUUAAAAAGAAAGAUGAACAUCUAAUAACUUAUAAAAGCUCUGGAAAUAACACCCAAAUUGAUUACAUUCUCUGUCAAAAGUCUUCUCUAAAAAGCUUUAAAGAUUGCAACGUAAUCCCGGGAGAGGCACUGACUUCACAACAUCGACUCCUGGUAUCUAAAUUUAUAUUGCCCAAAAAUAUUAAGAUCAAUUAUGAUAGAACACCUAGAAUCAAAUGGGGCCAACUAUACUCUGAUAAGGGUAAACAGCUCAUUACAUCUAUUAUUAAAUACUUAGAAAACGAUCUGGCUUUAAAUUACAACAAUAGUACAAACGCAAUGUGGGCAAAUUUCGAAAAGUUUUGCAAGGAAGAAGCCUCAAAGCAUUUGGGAAUAUCGAAAGGUGGAAUUAGUACCAAUAAAGAUCCUACGUGGUGGAAUGACAAUGUCAAGGAGGCAAUAAGAGAUAAAAGAGAACUUUUUAAGCUUUGGCAACUGACAAAACUGGAAGAAGACCACAGAGAAUACAAAAAAGCUAAAAAAUCUGCGAAGCAGGCUGUUGCUCAGUCAAGGACAAACGCUAAUGAGGUACUCUAUCAAAGAUUGGAAGACGUAAAAACUGAUGUCGAGGUUUUCAAAAUAGCAAAACAACGACACAAGGCGACGUUAGACAUUAAAGUAAAUAAAUACAUCCAGAACGAAGAGGGACAGUUGUUAACAUCUAACGAAGACAUCAGUAAUAGAUGGAAGCAAUACUUUGAAAACCUUUUAAACGAAGAAUUCCCUAGUGAACCCUUACCGGAAAUCAUCCCAACUGUCGGACCUAUUCACGAAGUAACGCUAGAGGAAGUCAAGCAGACAUCUUUACUCGACCAAAGUCAAGACAAGAAUGACUUGCAACUGCAGACGACCGUUAUUUAUAGUACGAUCAAAACAACUAUUCGAGUGGUGUGA